AUGCUGUGCCUCACGGUAGCCUUCCAGUUGCUGCUGGUGCUGGUGCUGUGCAGCCAGGGUACAGAGAGGUGUCCUUCAACCUUCUGCGAGUGCUCUGACUGGGAGGAAUACAAAAUCACUUGCAGGGACAUCUACUUUAUUCCCAGCCUUCCAGAGGACACCCAGACCCUGAGGUUUUUGGAGACUCAUCUAAGAAAAAUUCCAAGUGAUGCUUUUUCCAAUCUCCCCAACAUCUCUAGGAUUUACAUCUCUAUAGAUGAAACACUUCAGAGUCUGGAGGCCCAUUCCUUCAACAGUUUAAGCAAAGUCACUCACAUUGAAAUUCGAAAUCUUAGAAACUUGGAUUACAUAGAUCCAGAUGCCUUUAAGAACCUCCCACUUUUGAAAUACCUUGGUAUUUUUAAUACUGGACUCAAAGUAUUUCCAGCCCUUAACAAAAUCUAUUCAUUUGAUGUGAAUUUUUUGCUUGAAAUUGCAGACAAUCCUUAUAUGACUUCAGUGCCUGCAAAUGCUUUCCAUGGGCUUUGUAAUGAAUCUCUCACCCUUAAACUCUACAAUAAUGGUUUUACCCGUAUUCAAGGCCAUGCUUUUAAUGGGACAAAUCUGGAUGCUAUCUAUCUGCACAAGAACAAAUACCUCAAAAUCAUCAAUGAUGAUGCAUUUCUAGGAGUGCACAGUGGACCAACUCUGCUGGACAUCUCCAGAACAGCUGUUGCCAACCUUCCUGCCAAAGGACUGGAAAGCUUAAAAGAACUAAUGGCCAAAAAUACAUGGACUUUAAAGAAAUUACCAGCUGUAAAAGUAUUUCUUCAGCUAAUGCGAGCUGACCUAUCAUAUCCAAGUCACUGCUGUGCUUUCAAGAGCUGGAAAAAAAAAAGUGGGAUCCUGGAAUACCUGAUGUGUAACCAGAGCAGCCACAGCUUUCAUAAGAGAUCAGUCAAGACUCUCAGAGACCCAUUUUACAAAGAUUAUGCAGAAGAAUACACAGACCACACCAAUGCUGUGUAUGACACAAACACCAAGUUCACAGGUUUUCAUGAAAAUCCCCAUUAUUACAUUUAUUUGGAAGAGCGUAGAGAAGGAAGCCUUGGCUUUGGCAAAGAGCUCAAGAACCCUCAAAUGGAAGAUGUCCAGACCUUUGACAGCCAUUAUGACUAUCUUGUCUGUGGAGGCAAUGAAGAUGUAAUAUGCACGCCAGAGCCUGAUGAGUUUAAUCCCUGUGAGGAUAUAAUGGGAUAUCAGUUUCUGAGGAUUGUGGUGUGGUUUGUGAAUCUGCUUGCCAUCCUAGGCAACAUUUUUGUCCUUUUCAUCCUUCUCACCAGUCAUUAUAAAUUGACUGUACCUCGCUUUUUGAUGUGUAACUUGGCCUUUGCUGACUUUUGCAUGGGGUUAUACCUCCUUCUGAUCGCUUCAGUGGAUCUCUACACCAGGUCAGAGUACUAUAAUCAUGCCAUAGAGUGGCAGACUGGGCCUGGUUGCAACACAGCUGGGUUUUUCACGGUCUUUGCCAGUGAACUUUCUGUGUACACCCUGACCGUGAUCACCCUGGAGCGCUGGUACGCCAUCACCUUCGCCAUGCGGCCCGACCGGAAGAUUCGCCUCCGGCACGCUGUGCUCAUCAUGCUGGGAGGGUGGCUCUCCUGCAUCCUGCUUGCCCUUCUGCCACUGCUUGGUGUCAGCAGCUACAGCAAAGUCAGCAUCUGCUUGCCUAUGGACACUGAAACACCAGUGGCUGAAGCCUACAUUGUCUUUGUUUUAAUAUGUAACAUUCUUGCUUUUGUCAUCAUUUGCACCUGCUACAUAAAAAUCUACGUCACUGUGCGAAACCCCCAGUACAAGUCAGGGGACAAAGACACCAAAAUUGCCAAGCGGAUGGCUGUGUUGAUUUUCACGGACUUCCUGUGCAUGGCUCCCAUCUCUUUCCAUGCUUUAUCUGCCAUUAUGAGCAAACCACUGAUAACUGUCUCAAAUUCCAAGAUUUUGCUGGUACUUUUCUACCCACUCAAUUCUUGUGCCAACCCCUUUCUUUAUGCUAUUUUCACCAAAGCUUUCCGAAGAGAUGUGUUUAUCCUGCUAAGCAAGUUUGGUAUAUGUGAGCAUCAGGCUCAAGUCUACAGAGGUCAGACAGUCUCAGCCAAAAACAGCAGUGGGUCAUAUGGGCAGAGAAUCAGCCGAGGGAUAGGUCAGAUUCUUACAAGCAUUCAAGACCCAGUCAAUGAUUACCUUCCUGCUGUGACAAUGCAGAACCAAAUUCUCAUGGAAGAAUGGAAGCAAACUGAGCUAUAACAUCUCAAAGUAUCACAGCCAAAACCUGGUCAAGAGGUGAUUGUGCAUACAGUGAAUCAAGUGAGAAGAUAAUAUUUUCUCCAUAGCCUUUUCGCCUAUGCUUUGCUACAUAGCUUAAAGUACCUCCAGAGUGGUCUUCUUUUAGACAAACCACUUAUUUGAACCUCUUAUCAGUGCAGGGCAAAACAUACGGUCCUGAUGAUAAUUCUAGAAGUAGAU